AUGGCGACCUCAACCACUGCCCAAGACAUGAUGCGAUGUGACAUUUGCAAGAACAAUGAAGUACAAAUGCACUGUGAUGCGUGUCUUGUUAAUCUGUGCAAACUCUGUGUAGGAGAACAUUUUUCAAAAGAUCUCUCAAAAACUCACAAAAUUGUCGACUACAAGGACAAGAAAUCUACUCCCAUCUUCCCGCAGUGUGCCAGUCAUUCCGACAGCCUUUGUGAAUGUUUCUGCAAAGACUGUAACAUUCCACUUUGCCUUAAGUGUGUCAUUUCUACCGACAUACACAGGAAUCACAAUCUCUCUAUAAUAUCUGAUAUACUUAGGUUUAGAAAGGAUGCCAUUAAUAAAGAUUUUGAAGAACUCAAAGAAACUAUCAUUCCUACAUAUCAAUUCAUUAAAUCAAGUGUACAAUUGCGACUGAAGCAGAUAGAACUCAUUUACGAUAAUAUCAAAAAAGAUAUUACAAAACACGGACAAGACUGGCACAAAGAGGUAGACAAAUGUGUAAAUAAACUCAGCUCUUCAGUACAGGAGAUGAAAACCAAACACAUCAAUCUUCUAAAAGAACACCAAGAUGAUGUCAACAAAAGAUUGGGAACAAUUCAAGAUAGCGUACAACAAUGUAAAAAUUUAAUGGAGUCCAAUGAUAUUUCACUCUGUUUGAAUUAUACAUCAUUAAAUGAAGAAUACAGACAGCUCCCUCAAAAGCCUGUUGGAGAUAUUCCAGUUUUCACUCCAUUACAAAUUACUCCGAGUAAAUUUCUAGAUAUGUUUGGUAAUUUAACUAGUCUCACCUUCAGAAAAGAAAAACAAGGCUACAGCAUGAAAACAGAAUAUAGCUUACCUAUACUUAAACACCUAACUGAAAAACCAGACUUCAGAGCCUCCAAAAUACAAAUAAUUGAUAAAAGUGAUGAAGGGAUUAGCCAAGAUAGAAGUAAAAAAAUAUUGAUAAGCAGUCGAGAUAAAAUGCAAAUUCUUGAAUUCGAUCAGGUUUCGCUUGUCAAGUCUAUCACAACCGAGACACCAAAUAGAGUUACGGAUAUAUCAGUAACAAAUAAUGGAAAACUGGCUUAUAUUGUUUAUAAUUAUGAUAAUAAAAAUAUUUCUGUUAAUAAAAUGAACGAAUCAAUGGAAAAUAUAUGUCUUGAGAAUUGGAGAUACUGUGAUAUGUAUAUAAACUCUUCUGGUGACCUCCUGGUUAUCAUGGAAUGUUAUGAGGAAAAACAAGUAAAGGUUGUCAAAUAUCCUUACUCAAACAUGUAUGUGAAACAAACCGUCCAAUUUGAUAAUGAAAAUAAACCUUUAUAUUCGUCUGGAAUAUGCAAAUGCAUAAGUGAGAACAGAAACUUUGAUAUAUGUGUGGCUGACUUUGAAGCUGGGGCAGUAGUGGUGGUUGAUCAGGCCGGGAAACUGAGAUUUAGGUACACCGGGAAUGCUUUGUGGAAUAGUCCAUGCAAGCCAAAGGGAAUCAGCACAGACAGUCAAGGUUACAUCCUUACCCUUGAUUGGAAAAAUAGUUGUAUCCACAUCAUAGACCAAGAUGGGCAAUUUCUCGGUUAUUUUGAAUUAUCAUUUCGUAAAUCGUAUCCUUUGGCAAUGUGUACAGAUGGAGAUGAUAUGUUUCUUGCAGUUGGUGAUCGCAGAUCUAAAAAUCCCAGCAUUUAUGAAUGCAAAUACCUACAAGAAUUAUAG